AUGAGCUUAGCGGACCGGGUGGAAGUGGUCGAGUUGCACUUUGAAGAGACAUAUCCCCUUCGUGAGCGUGUUCUCUGGCCCGGUCGACCAGACCUGGCAGCGCUCUCUUGUGAUGCACAAGGAAAGCACUUCGGCCUACGGCUGCCAAGUGAGACACGCGACGAGCUUGUGUCCGUGGUGUCUGUUUUUGCCAGCGAUGAUGGCCGGGAGGCGCAGUUCAGAAAGUUUGCGACUGCGUCCGAGUACCAGGGCCAGGGUCUUGGCUCCAAGCUGCUGCUGCAUAUCAUCGAGGAAGUGAAGAAUCGUGGCGUGCAGCGGCUUUGGUGCGACGCGCGCACAGCACAAGCUCAUUUCUACGAGAAACGGGGAAUGCAGGCUGUGGAAGGUGGCGCCACCUUCCUCAAGAGUGGUGUAGAAUACGUUCGGAUGGAAAUGCUUCUCUGA